AUGCUGCCGCAAUACUUUGACCCCCCCAAGCCCACGGGAGCUCUCCUGACUGCCAUUCAAUCGUACGGCGACGUGUUGCAAAAAGACUGCAAGCCUACUCAAACCGACAUUUACGGCUUGCCAGAGUGCACAUUUCCCGCGUCCUCGCUCUGGUGCCGCUUUUCCACCGUCGCUGCCUCGUCUCUCCUGUCUAGCUUUUCAUCCUACUGCAGCUCAGCAUCAUCAUGGUGGUCAUCAAAAAGCUCAGCUGCCGUGUCUCUCGCCCGGAGCUGCCCUGUUGGAUGGUACCAAGCUAUGUAUGAUAUGCCUGGAGGACCUGGAUGGCUCAACAGCACUUUGGUAUUCGCUGGAUGUUAUGAGGAAGCGCACCCUACGACUGGCUCUUGGGCUAAAGCAACUGCUACUGCGACAACCGGCUCAAAGGCAGCUUCGAGUGGUCCUCAGCAGACGGCAACGAGCACAAGCAAAUCAAACGGCGUGGUUGGCCGGGCGGAGAACAUUGAGAUGUGGGUGAUUGCUGGUACCGGACUGGCCAUCACCGCGAUCAACUCGAUGCUCUGA